AUGCGGUGGGGUUCGUGCCAGCUCCCAGCCCCUCGCAUGCAUGGAGAAUCCUGUCUCCACCUGUGCGGCUCUGGGGGUCAGCCGGGGGAGCAGCUCUCUGAACACUUCUUGCGCUGGAAGGCUGGAGGAGUGGUUUUACGUGGUGUAUCAGUAAACUUCUCUCUUUCAGGCCACUGUCAUGAGAAAAACCCAGAUGGCAGUCAUGACAAGGAGAAAUACUUUGAUGACCACCGUGAGUCAGUUGCAGCAGUAGCAGAAGGACAGUCUGAGGGAGGUACAGAAGAUCCAGAAGUCCUCACUCAGAGUUCAGCAAGAGAUCCCUCCUUCCUGAGACUGGAAAACACGGUCACUGCAGAAAGCAACGGUUCAGAAGGAAUGGAAGGGUUAGAAGACGAUCAGAUGUCUGAAGAGAUGCUGGCUUUGGUGGAUGAGUUUGAAAGCUCUUGGCCUCAGGAAGCUUUUGAAGGGGCACUGGAGGUAAAAGGUCGUCGGAUGGACUUACAGGGAAUCCGGGUCCUAAAGAAAGGAUCUCAGGAUGGACUGGCUAGCUCCUGUUUUGGGGACUGUGGCGAUGAUGAUGAAGCUGAAUGGAUCACUUUUCAGGUCAAACGUUUAAAGAAACCAAAAGCUGAAAGCUUGGAUCUCCAGGAGCCAGUUGGGAGAAACGGGGAAGAAGGGAAUAAUGGAGAAAAUGAAAACUUUUACCAAACUGCCCUGGAGAUCAGUGGACCAAAGAUUCCUUCUCCUGGACCAAUAGGAAAAAGGCGUGACUAUCGUAGCCUUGGCUGGCCAAGUCCUGAUGAAUGCCUGAAACUCCGUAGGGUAGAGCUGACAACUGUAGCCAGCACAUGGCUUGCUGUUUCUGCUAAAAACAUUGACAUUACAGAACACAUUGAUUUUGCUACACAGCUGCAAGAACCAGCCAUGGAGCCCCUUUGUAACCCAAAUCUACCAGCCAGUAUGCAUACUUUGGACCACCUGCAAGGUGUCUCUAGUCGGGCCAGCUUGCAUUACACUGGAGAAAGUCAACUGAAAGAGGUGCUACAAAAUCUUGGCAAAGACCAGUACUCACCACAGUCAUUAGAACAAGUUGGGACUCGAAUAGCCAAAGCUUUGGAAAAGAAUCAGACUUCAUGGGUCCUCUCUAGCAUGGCAGCUCUUUACUGGAGGGUGAAAGGCCAAGGAAAGAAGGCAAUUGAUUGCUUACGACAAGCAUUGCACUAUGCACCCCAUCACAUGAAGGAUGUACCACUAAUAAGCCUAGCAAACAUCUUCCACAAUGCAAAACUCUGGAAUGAUGCCAUCAUCGUGGCUACCAUGGCAGUGGAAAUAGCACCCCACUUUGUCGUUAAUCAUUUCACGCUGGCAAAUGUCUACGUAGCAAUGGAAGAGUUUGAAAAGGCGAUGAAAUGGUAUGAGUCAACACUAAAACUUCAGCCGGAGUUUGCCCCAGCAAAGAAUCGAAUCCACACCAUUCAGUGUCAUUUACUUAUGAAAAAAGAGCGACGGUCUCCUUAGAGAUCAGCAUCUCUCUCUUUUUUUUAAAAAAUGUCAUUAUUCUCUAUUCUGCUUUUAAGUGUGCUAAGAUAAAUUGAUGAAUCGAAAUUUUUAACAAGACUUUUGAAAAGAGAUAGGAUUUGGAUCGAGGGUUCUUUUGGUUUUUUUUUCUCAAAUAUAGGAGCAUCUCUGGAAAGUGUAUUUCACAGACCAUAAUUUUAAAACAUCCGUGUAAAUAUUAAACCAAUAAACUUCCAUGAGUACAUGACCACCUGUACCAGGACCCAGGCACUGUUAGUUUUUCCUUAAUGCUCAGAUUGGCGUCAGCAUCCAAAAUACCUUGCUUCAUGUCUUAUGGUCUAAGUCAAUGGAAAUGCAAAGCACACACCCGUACCAAAUAAUAAGAAGAGAUAAUCAGUAGCUGAUCCAUGUGAAACUCAUGCUUUGUCCAGUCUUGUUCACUCCGUACCGCAUUACCUGCUUUUUUGGAAGGAGAGGGACAGGAUUUUAAAAGUUUAUUAAAAAAAAAAA